UAUGGGGACAGGUUAUGGUGCUGUGCACAUGCCGAAUGUGACGUUUUGCUUAUCAGCAUGGAGCUAAAUGGUUUGCUGAGUGGAAAACAGAUUGAUAUUCUCUCUACGGUGUACAUAGUGUUACUCACUCCCAGUGUGAUUGGGAGUUUCUCUGUCCUGGUGGUUUCCAUAGUAAGAUGGAGGCACCUAAAAGAACAGGUACACCUCCUGGUGCAGCUUACUCUCGCAGACCUCCUGGCUGCUCUGGUGUUGAUGUCCAUGAGUGUCAUGAACAAAGUAUCAAUUAAUAACAGCCUAAUCAUCUGCCAGUACGGCCUGCCGCUGUCACUGACAUUUUAUUUCAUUUCAUUUCUGCUGGUGGUCGUUUACGCCUGGAAGUCAAAGAAUGCGAUCCAAGGAUGGAGAGAAAGACCAGCAGAUGAUGAGGAGGGACAGAACAUGUAUAGAAGAAAAGUAGUAGUUAUACCUGUAUAUGCCAUUGUGUGGCUGGUCCCACUUGCACUUUACUUAGCGUAUGUGCUCACUCCUUUCAUAAAAGCUUCUUCACUGAUUCCAGCCACCGACAACUCACUGAAUGGGGUUGUCAGUAAUGAUAACACAUACUGCACUAGUUGUAUUUUGUUCCUGCACAUCUGGAGGGGUUCCUGCUUAGAUGAGACAAUCCAUGACGCUUUCAUCAGAGCUUUUCUUUUCAUUGUGGUGAUACCAGUGGUGGUGUCAUGUUCUGUUAUUUACUAUAAGGUCGGUAAGUGGCAUGAAAGACGUGAGCAGGAGGGGCUUUUUCCAGUGGAAGGAGAUGGGCGUUCAAGAAGGAGAAUGAAGAGAGCAAUUUCUACAGCAAGGAAUAUGGUGAUGGUCAUCUUGAUCUGUUGGGCACCAGCUCUUUUCCUCAUCCUGCUAUCUACCCUGCUGGUGAACACACCUGUUGAACAACGCAGCUUAUUUGGCUUUUAUAUGAUACAGGCUGCCAGCGUAUCCCUACAAGGUUUCCUGAACAGCAUGGUUUACGCCUGGAGACGACCCAACUUCACGGAGGCCGUUCUCGGGGAGAGCACACCCUUGGUGUCACAUUACCACAUGCCCUUUUUUGAUGAGUCACUGAGGACCCCACUUUAAUGCCUCGGACUAUAAACACAUGGAAGGACGUUGUUGAGCUGCAACGC